AUGCUGGCAUUGAGCAGCAGUGUGUGCAUAGAUGGAGCUGCUUCAAUCUCCAAAUUCCUUACUGUUGAUCAGAAAGGAUAUGGAAAUUUCACAACUAUUCAAGCUGCUGUUGAUUCCAUUCCUGAUGGCAAUCAGCAGUGGGUUCAAAUUUAUGUAAAGCAAGGAACUUACAGGGAGAAGAAUUCAUAUAACUGGAUGUAUGAUGCACCUGAAUCAGCAGAGACAGCACUAGUAAGGGGAGAUAGGAAUUCCUUCUAUAGGUGUACUUUCUUAGGCCACCAAGACACCUUGUGUGACUACAAAGGUCGACAUUUUUACUACGGAUGUUGGAUCGAGGGCAGUGUCGACUUCAUUUUUGGCUAUGCACAAUCCAUAUACAAGAAAUGUACUUUGAAUUCAAUUGGAAAGGGUUGGUUGAUCGCAAAUGCUAAGAAGACCGAAAGUUCCCCGACUGGGUUUGUAUUCAAGUAUUGA